AAUGCAACUCUUUAAAGUUUGUAAAAGGUUCUGCUCAAUUUUAUAGAAUGUGCCUAAAGACCUUGUAGAUUUGAAACAUGUUAAUUUUUUGAAGGUUAAAACAGCUUACCUUGAAUAACUAAAAGACUAAUAUAUACUGAGUUUAGAAUUUACAAAAAGUCCUAAUGAAACAGAUGAUGCUAUGAAUAUUACCAAUAAUGUUGAAUUGUAGAUCGACCCAGAUUUAACAGUAAAAGAAUUUGUUGAGAAUUGUUAAGAAUAUGUACAGUUGAUAUUACUAUUUAGUUAAAAGAUAAUGUUACAUUAUAUUCAAUUGACAAAGUUCCAUUAGCAGGUGUAAAUACAAUGGAAUAAGUAAUAAAAGAACCUUUUUAUUUAUUGACAAACAAUCAACAUUUAUUUUUUGUUAAAUAAUUAUCAGGGUAUGAUAAGGACGAUUAUUCUUAUAUGUAAAUGAAUAAUUUAUAAUAUAAGUAAAUCCUAUUUCACUCGUAAACAUGUACCUAUGUUGGAAAAGAACAUUCUAAUUUAAUAUUUGGUUAGAAUGGAUUAUGUAUUAUAAUAAAAUUUCAAGACAACUUUUUUCAAAAACUAUUCUUCAUCUCAAUAGAAGAUAGAAUACAAUGAUCUAGUAAAAGUAAUUCUUGAUUCUUACACUAAUAUGAGAAACACUUAAUCAGAUCAUGAAACUGAUAUGUAUACUUAAUAUUUUGAGUUGAAAAAAACUAAAGAAUAAUUAGAAGAGAAAAAGAAAGAAAUUAUGGAUUCAGCAGUUAAAUUUGCUAAGAUUUAAAUGUUUGGUGGAUUUUUAGUAUUAUGUGGUCAUUUCUGUUUUAUGGGUGCUGGUAUAUAUGUAUACUAUAAUUGGGAUGUGAUGGAACCUAUAGGUUAUUUUUUGAAUACAGGUGGAAUGAUCUAUUUAUCUUAUUAAUAUUUCAAGUAAAUUAUUAAAUAAUCAUAGAUUGAAUGAUGAAUGGUCACAUAGUAAAUUCUCAGAUUAUUUGAUUAAUAAAAACUUUGUUAGAUUGAGUAGAUCCAAUAAUUUUGAUAUUGAAAAAUUGAAUUAAAUCGAUAAACAAAUUUAAGAAAUAUAGGAUAGAAUCAAAACAAAUAUCAUUACAAAUUUAUGA